AGUGUGGUUGUUUUUGCUGCUGGGUCACUGAGGUUCACAGAGAGACACUUUGUUGUUAAAGCAGGUUGUUCCACAGAGAGAUGAUGGUGAAGAUCGCAGCAGCGGACACACGCAGAGGUUUCUGGGGACAACACUGCUGCUCGGUGCUGGUUCACAGCUGAAGGGACAGAAGUAUGCAGCUCUGACUCUUCCGCCCAUCUUAAAGCUGAUUGGCCAAGUGAAGCGUCGACUCGGCGUCUGUCAAGAAUCACAAGUGAAGACAGAGGUGCCUUCCCUUUUCCCUCUCAGGCUCCCUCACUGUGCAGCUGUAUCAUUACAGGUGCAGCUCCGAUAUGACUAAGAGAAGUCCAUCUUACCAGCUGGUCAAAAGGAUGCUGAACCAUCACUGCAGAAGGAACCCUGAGCUUCAUGAGGAGCUGCAGAUCCAGGCUGCAGUGGCAGCUGGGGAUGUCUGCACUGUCAGGAGAAUGCUGGAGCAAGGAUACUCGCCCAAGAUCCGCGACGCCAACGGCUGGACUCUGCUCCACUUCUCCGCUGCCAAAGGAAAAGAGAGAUGUGUUCGAGUCUUUCUGGAGCAUGGAGCUGACCCCACAGUGAAGGACUUCAUAGGUGGCUUCACAGCACUUCACUAUGCUGCUAUGCAUGGCAGAGCACGCAUCGCCCGACUGAUGCUGGAAUCCGAGUUUCGCAGUGACAUUAUAAAUGCAAAAAGCAAUGACGGCUGGACGCCGCUGCACGUGGCCGCCCACUACGGUCGAGAUUCUUUCGUACGCCUCCUCCUCGAGUUCAGGGCCGAGGUGGACCCACUGAGCGAUAAAGGCACCACGCCGCUGCAGUUGGCCAUCAUCCGUGAGCGCUCCAGUUGCGUACGGAUCCUCUUGGACCACAGUGCCAACAUUGACAUUCAGAAUGGCUUCCUGCUGCGGUAUGCCGUCAUCAAAGGCAAUCACUCGUACUGCCGCAUGUUCCUGCAGAGGGGAGCGGACACAAACCUGGGACGUCUUGAAGAUGGCCAGACUCCCCUGCACCUGUCUGCCCUCAGGGAUGAUGUAUUGUGCGCCCAGAUGCUCUACACGUAUGGAGCUAAUACAAAUACCAGGAACUAUGACGGGCAGACACCUGUAGCUGUAUCCGUUAACAUGUCAGGAAUCAGCCGGCCCUGUCUGGACUUCCUGCAGGAGGUCACCAGACAACCACGGACUCUACAAGACUUGUGUCGAAUAAAAAUCCGUCACUGCAUCGGCCUUCAGAGCUUGAAGUUCCUGGAGGAUCUACCAAUUGCAAAGGUUAUGAAAGACUAUUUAAAACAUAAGUUUGACAAUGUGUGAAGGAAAGAACAACAGAAGAGUGACUGAAAACCCUCUCUGCUAUCAAUUAUGAAGACUAUGCAAUCACUACGUCCACAUGUCUGUUCCUUACAUGCUGAAGGAAGGUCGAUCCUGUUUUUGUCCAGUUCAACACUUCACAAAUAGUUUCCCAUGUCACUCAUCCAUUUCAGCCUUUUUAUAGUCGGUUGAUGAAGGAUGGAAAUGGAGCCAGCUUGUGUGAGCGACAAUUAUUGUUUUUUUGGGAAAAAGAAACCUCAAUUGACUGCAGAUAGUAUUCUGUUUAUGCUACUGUGCGCAAUGCUAUCCUUGUUGGCUCAGAUUGUCAUCAAAUGUGUACUUUAUAUGAAUAUACUUUAAUUUAUUUACCCCUAUAGGACGCUAAACUGGACCUGCUGCAGUGGAGAUGUUAUUGCUCAGAAUCACAAAGUGUUGAGCUACUUACAUACAGAUAACUUAAAAAAAUAUCUACAAGGUACAGUCUGAUUUUGUUUUAGUGUUUAAAUCUGGUUCCAAUCAACACCAGCUUCUCCAAUUACUUCAAUGACUUAUGAAGCAAAUGAAGCUGGUGUUGUGCCCAUCGACAGAUAUGUCCCACACAGAAACAAUUGAUGAAUAGUAUUUAAUCGUAGCUCUUUAGUUAUGUGGACAGAGAAAAGCAGUGUUACAAGAAAUAAGGUGGAUCCCCGUCUGUUCUCUUAUAUCAAUCGUCACUCUAUAACAACAGCCAGCCACAACGUGCCAGAAUGUGGAAAUCCGACUCCGCUCUACUGUCAAAUUUGCCUAAAAUUUGUGGAGGGUGGGUUGGAGUUAAAACUGGGCUGAAUCUGUACAGUGACAACAUAACAUUAAAUGUCACGUCGGCUGAAGUGAAAGUUAACAAAAGGUCAAUCCAGCUCCCUGCUGAUUGUUGGAACUGAAUUUUUAAGUAUCAACAGAAAGCUGAGGAAAGGUUUUAGAUUGAGGUCACGAGGUUGGUGCUGUAAUGAAAUCAAGCAGGAUUAGAUUCACUCUUUGCUCCACAUUGCUUCUGAUAUACAGGAAUGACUUGCACAGAGACCAGGAAGAAUAUAACAAGCAGUCAGAAUUAUUCUCAAAUUUAAGUUCAAUGCAUAGAAUUAAUUGUUACUAAGUGUUGAACAGCUCAAGAGUUGAGUAACGAUCAACCACCAAUCAAGUUGCGUUUUACAUUUCUAAACUAUAUGUAGAACAUUUAAGUUUGAAGUGAGUGCACUGUGAUUCGUUUCUGUUCUGAAAGCGCCACAUUUACUCUGUGACGGUGUGGUUUAAUAAGAAUAACAGUUUAUAGUCUGUUUUGGAUAACACUGACACAAUCACUACAGUUUAUGUAAAUAUGUACAACAGAUAUUUUUGUAGAAUUUAUUUAAGCAAUUAUUUCUGGUAUUCUUAAUGUAUUUAAAGUUUGGAUAUAAUAUGAUCUGUUUGGUGUGACUCAAAUAUUUCUUUUUUUGUGUGCGACUUCAAGUUAUUUUGUGCAGGAACAAUUUGGAAGUGUUCUCUUUAUUUCUAUGGCAGCAAUGUUACUCUGUUGUGAGGAUUAUACUGUGAAGUUUUCAUUUUGACAAUAAAAAAUAAAUUGUAGGGGUCUAAAUAAAUACCCACACAACAA